AGUGUUUCGGUUGAAGUGCAGUUGGGAAAGACGGAAACGAAUGCGUAACGAUUUUUGAAUAAAAUUUGCUAAAGUGCAUAAAAUGCUUUCUACAGAAACUAUUGGCCUCUUGGCGGCUCUUUUGGCGAUCGUAUACGUCUGGUGUCGUUACACUUAUGGCUACUGGAAGCGGCACAACAUUCCCUUUAUAAAACCAUUCCCACUGAUUGGCAACAUUCAAGUCAUGUUUACGCUCAGCAACAGUUUCUUCCUGUAUCUCUCCGAUGUUUACAAGGAUGCUACGGUGUCGAAGGCUGCUGCAGUCGGCAUUUAUAUUAUAAACAAGCCAGCUUUAGUGCUACGCGAGCCGGAACUCAUCAAAUCCGUGCUAAUCAAAGAAUUUCAAAAGUUCUCAAAUCGUUUUGGCGCUUGUGAUCCACACGGCGAUGCCUUAGCAUCGAAUAAUCUAUUUUUCAUACGAAACCCACAAUGGAAGGAGCUGAGAACGAGAAUUUCACCGGUGUUCACUUCAGGAAAAAUUAAGCAAAUGUAUGCUCUAAUGACCGAGAUUGGCUCUCAAUUAGAGUCUCAUUUGUUGAAACACACAAAGACUGGCAAUACCUACAACACCGAAAUCAAGGAGGUGUGUGCGCUCUUCACCACCGAUGUGAUAGCAUCGAUUGCCUUUGGCAUACACGCGAAUAGUUUGAAAAAUCCAGACGGUGAAUUUCGCACACAGGGUCGAAAGAUUUUUGAUUUUACGUUGGGUAGAGCGCUUUCAUUUUUCAUCGCAUUCUUCUACCCAAAUUGGGUUAGCACAUUUAAAGUGAAACUUUUCACGCCUGAAUUCUCUUCGUUUCUACGCAACACCAUCAAUCACGUUAUGAUAGAAAGAGAGAAGACUGGUGCCAUACGUAACGAUUUAGUUGAUGUGUUGUUAGAUUUGAAGAAAGAGGCGAUCGCGAGAAACGAGUACAAUAACGAGGCGCAGGAUGUUCUAACAGCGCAGGCAGCAGUAUUUUUAACGGCUGGUUUUGAGACGUCAUCUUCAACGAUGGCUUUUGCGCUGUACGAAUUGGCCAAACAUCCGGAUUUACAGGAGCGGCUGCGCAAUGAAAUUCGCGACGCACUUGUAGCCGAUCAUGGCANGAUAAGCCGUUUGAUCUACGACCGUACUAUGAUUACAAAGUACCAACCGGUAUGGCUGUUUAUAUACCAAUUUUCGGCAUACAACGCGAUCCUAAGUACUGGCGCAACCCUGACACCUUCGAUCCGGAACGAUUCAGCUCUGAGAAUAAAAAGCUGCACGAACCCAUGGCCUACUUGCCAUUUGGCACUGGUCCGCGCAAUUGCAUUGGUAGCCGUAUAGGUUUACUACAAUCCAAAAUUGGUUUGGUUCACAUUUUGAAAAAUCAUUUCGUGACUUUUUGCGAUAAAACACCAGCGGAGAUAACUUUUGAUCCCAUGUCUAUAGUGUUGCAAUAUAAGGAAGGCAUAUACUUGAAUGUAGUGAAUGACGGCCUAUACGAGCAAAAUGCGAAUUAGGGACGGACAACGGACGGAGGUAUCGUCUUAUUAAAGUUUAUUAUGAUGGCGUAUUUAAUGGAUAACAUAUAAAUUGAUAAUAAAAUUAAAGAAUGAAACUCGUAUACAUACAUAUAAAAACUUUUGUACAUAGUGUAAAACUUUAAUAUACAGCCGUAUGUGAUAAACGAUGAACAAUAAAUUUCGAAACUCGAA